AUGACUCUCUUGUUUCUUUCUUGCUUUGCUGCAUUUCAUCUCUUUUUCUUUCACUUAACUCCAGUUGUUUCCCUUGGUUCCAGUUUUCACUUUUACUUUCACUUUCACUUGGAUCCAGUUGGCUGCCUCUCUCUCUCCAUAUUCACUUGGAUCCAGUUGGCUGCUUCUCUCUCUCUCUCAAAUUCACUUGGAUCCAGUUGGCUGCAUCUUUCUCCAUUCACUUGGAUCCAUACCAUUUUGUUUUUUCAUUCUCUGUCAAUUCCAACACUCUUUUUCUCUCUCUACUUCCUCCCACUCACUUCCAACACAUUCUCUUAUUCCCCUUUUAUUUACUUACAGCAUUCUUUUUCUCUUAUACUCCCACAUAACACUUUCCUCUCUUACUCUUCCCAUUACUCUUUUUUCUCUCUUACUCUUCCCAUUACUCUUUUUUCUCUCUUACUCUUCCCAUUACUCUUUUUUCUCUCUUACUCUUCCCAUUACUCUUUUUUCUCUCUUACUCUUCCCAUUACUCUUUUUUCUCUCUUACUCUUCCCAUUACUCUUUUUUCUCUCUUACUCUUCCCAUUACUCUUUUUUCUCUCUUACUCUUCCCAUUACUCUUUUUUCUCUCUCACUCUCCCACAUCUCUUUUUCACUCUUCCUCUCCUGUAUAACUGUUUUUCUCUCUCAUUGCACCCUUUUUCUUUCUCACAUACUUCCUGUUCUCCUCCCUUGCUCAGCUCAUGUUCUGUCAGCCCUUUUCCCUCCAAUAUGCUUUCUCUUUUAA